AUGCUUAGUUUAUAUCUCCUAGGGCACUUGAGUCAUGUCGAAACCGCAUCCGAAACUAAAGCUCUGGGGAAUACCGUUAAACCGCUUAACAUCAUUGUGAUCACAAAUGGUCGUCCCACCGAUGAUGUGGAAACGGUGAUAUCCAAUGCAGCGAAUCGUCUAGACAAAUGUAAUGCUAAACCUUGGCAGGUGGGUAUUCAAUUUGUGCAGGUUGGAAACGACUCGAAGGCAACGAAGUGGUUGAAGAAACUCGACGAUACAUUUCACUAA